AUGGUGGCGAGCGCCGCCGCGUCCGCGAUGGGCUCCUUCAUCGGCAAGCUGGCCGCCAUGCUCGGCGAGAACUACCAGCUCGCUGGAAAGGUCAGGCGCGGGAUCAGGUCCCUGAAGGACGAGCUGAGCACCAUGGACGCCGUGCUGCAGGAGCUCGCCGAGAAGGACGACGACCAGAUCGACGGACAGACCAAAGAUUGGAGGAACAAGGUGCGUGAGCUAUCCCUCGACAUCGAGGAUUGCAUCGACCGCUUCAUGCUCAAUCGCAGCCAUGGAGGUUCCAAGGCCAACUGCGUGCGCAAGGCCGUGCGGAAGGUGAAGAUCUUGUUGCAGGACUGGGGAUUAGCGGAGGAGAUCCAAGAACUCAAGAGCCUUGCGAUCGAGCAGAGCGAGCGGGCCAAACGCUACGACAUCCAUCAGUGCCAGAGGAGGGAUCUCGUGGGGAUGGAUGGUCCUCGCGGGGAGAUCAUGGAGUUGCUGAAAGCUGGAGAAGAGAAGCGGCACAAGGUGGUGUCCAUCUAUGGAACCGCUGGGCAGGGGAAGACCACUCUCGCCAUGGAGGUGUACCGCAAAAUCUCAGGACCAUUUGAUUGCAGGGCUUUCGUGUCCGUAUCUCAAACUCCAGAUAUGAAGAAGCUUCUUAGAGAUAUACUGUCUCAAAUAAACAAGAGCAUGUUCGAGCAGUCGCAAAGCUGGGAGACCGAGCAGCUCAGACGCACAAUCAGAGAAUACCUAAUGGACAAGAGGUAA